CAGAUUGGGAAUUAACAGUGAAAUGAUGCGUCGGGCCCGUGCAGGCGUGCUACCCUGGCGAUGGGCAGAGGUAUAGAAAAAGUGAGGGAUAACGAUGGAAAAGUUGUGUUUGUGAACAGGUUGGGAAAGUUUUGGCCAAAAAAAACUACUUGUAGCGCUUUUACUCCUUGCACGGAUGCGGUUUCGGGAAUCGACAACAUGUAAGUUUUUGCAACAGGGCAGCACUCACCUACUUACUAAGUGAAAAGUUUAUCACUUGCCUAACCUCGUUUCAGUGCGGUUUGAGGAUUUGCCAGCAAUUAAGUUUUUUUUUUUUUUGUUAGUGAUUGUUUUCAUGCCGUUAGGCUGCUUGUCGGGGAGGAAAUUGACCACUGUUCAAAAAGGUGCUUGGACCUGUAAUAUCCGUGAAGUGAAAAUGUGUGUGUGAAAUCUACCAGAGAAAGACAUGAACAAUGGCAGGAAGAGAGAGGAAGAAUGCGGCUGUGUAUCGCAGCGUCUCUUUCAAAAAGUUGGGGUCCUGGAGCGCCAACAGUAGUGAGGACCAGCAACACAAAUCAGAGGAUUUGGAGGCAGCUGGCGUCGCCCUUCCCCCGGAGCUCAGCAAAGCAGAACAGCCUUUGGCGACGCGUAAUGUCAGUGUGUCAAGAAAAGUUUCCAAAAUCUCUGCCACCACCGCCGGCCUCCCAACCGCAGAUCCAAAGAGAGGCUCCUCCACUCCUCUCUCCUCUAUUUCUCCAUCCAUCCGCCAGCUCACUGAGAAGUUCAGUAGCAGUAGCAGCGGCAGCGUCGGCGGCUCCGCCAGGACGCGCAGAGCCUCACCGGGAGACGGUGCAGCAGUGACGCGAGGGUACAGCACUCUUCCCCGGGCCAGAGGCUCAAGGAGAGACGGGUCUCUGUCUCGUAAAUCUUUUCACGAGGACAGCGGUGGUGGAUAUCUCCACGAUAGUGAUACCAAUACUACCACCACCACCACUACUACUACUGCAGAGUCUCUCACAGACAUUAAAGUGCAAAAGUUUCACUCUGGCACUGACUCCGUUUCAGGCUCGGACUCAGAGAAGAAAAGUGAGAAGCGGAUUUUUACACGUUUGUCAACGGACAGCAGUAGCAGCAGCUCUGGUAAGAGAAAUUAUUCACAGAUCAAUGCAUGCACCUCUGAUCACAGAAAGACUCUGACAACAGAUGAGGAAGAGGAUGUUACUAGUAGAUGGGUUCCUCCACCCUGUAAAUCUCACAGAAGUUAUCUCCCUACACACCACAGUGACUUUAUUCCCCUGCACUCUGACAAGUGGCCCAGUGUCACCAAAAUUAGACAACUUUUUGAUGAGAGACAAAACAAAGCUACACAGCAGCACAAGACUGACACUUGCGAAAUCUUAAAAGCAGCCGGCAGAGGCCAACUACACGAGCACAGCCUCAGUGAGAGCGCUCCUCUAUCGGAUAGAAAUGACAAACUCUCACCUUGCAGCUCAGCUAAUGAAGCCAAUAGCUUGCCUUUGCAUCACAAAAGCAUAGUUGGAGCACAAAGCAGAGGAAGCAGUGCUGAAAAGGAAACAUUUUGUUAUGGUAUGGACAUUGAUUCCAAAGCUGACCACCAGCAGGACUCAAAUGAUGAGGAGGCAGACAUAGACACACAAAGUUCUUAUUACAACAAAGUCUCUGGCAGAAAUACUUUACAAAGCAGCAGAAGUAGCAGUCAUAGUUGCACUGGGGGUAGUCACUACCGUAGGAUUAACCCAUCUCCAUUCAGAUCUCAUAGUCCCAGCACUGAGGCGGAGGCAAUCUGUAAGACCCCCAGGACGACAGGGUUGACAUCUGACCCCAGCCCUGACCUUCAACCCCCUGCUACUUCGUCUUGGAGUCAGUCGUUGAGCUUAGACACCUCCUCCUGCUCCUCCUCUCUUCAGGAGCCGACAGUGAGGGAGAGAAGGGAUAGACAGGGGGUCGGGCUGCCCAGGGAUAGUUUACAUUCCUCACAUAGCUCCUCUAGAGCGCCAGCCCUCACCUCCUCCUCCCCCUCCUUUGCUCCAGCUCCAGAUAAAGCCAUUACCUCCUCCUCCUCUACUGUAGCUCCCUCCACUGAGCUAAGAGCCCCAGCAAGAGUUCCCUCUCCCCUCAGCUCCCGCUGGAGGUUUAGUUCUGGAGACGAAGAGGAGGAGCACACCAGGAGAAGAAGAGGAGGUGGUUGGAGUGUUCCCUCUGGCCCCGCUCCUUCCCUCUCCUACAGAGGAGGAGAAAGGGGCGCUACAGAGCGAGGAGGCAGCUAUUUAUCCCGCAGUAAAAAUGGCUGGUGGGGUGCUAAGGGCAUUGGCAGAUCUUCAGGCAGUGAGGAGGACAGCCCUGGUUCUUUAGGCCCCCAGAGUCGAGAGGCAGUGCGCCGCCGCUCGCUGAGAAAGAAGAAGAAGGUCAGUGGAGCUGCUCUAGCAACAGGCCGUGAUGAUUACGAUGAUCAUGAUGGCGAAUCAGAAGACAGUGACAGUGACAUGGCCUUGACAAUGGAACACUUAGAGAGGCAUCACCAGCAAAACGCAGGAGGAGACUUUGCAGGAACGGUAUCUCGGAGCCACUCGGCAAGAGAACCCAGUGGUCAUAGUCACAGAGCCAGGGUGCAGCAAUGGGAGCGCAUCUCCUCACCUGUGGCUUCCACAACACUUCCUGGUGUGUCACGAGUGUCAAAGGUCAAUAUCCCCCCAUUUGUUUCAAGUCCCGGUGGUUCACGUUGCAGCAGCCGCUACUGCAGCACUGAGAUGCUGAAGGAGGAGGGCCAGGCUAGCUGCGCCAACCGUGCAGCAAAUGUGAUUUUUAACUCGGGUGAAGCAGGAGGCAGCACUAGCAGAACUGCAUCCUCAUCCAUGUUGAGUAAAACUUACCAUGGAAAUUUUACCAUGUACCGCUCCCCGAGCUUUGGCCAUGGAGAUAACUUCUCCCGAACGCCUGUGCGGGUGCGCCCCAAGAUUGUACCUGUAGUGACCCCCUCUCCUAGUGUACUUUCUAGAGAAGGUGAGGUAUCUACAGGGGUUAGGGGUGGUCAGACCAAGGCAUUAAGGACAGGUGGGGGUGGGGUAGAUAGUGAUAAUAAAAGCAGAAUAUCUAUGUCCAACCCUGAUAUCACCUCAGAAACUAUGACACUCUUAAGCUUUCUGAAAUCUGACCUGUCAGAGCUUAAGGUGCGGAAAACAAGUGGAGGGGACAGAUCUGGGCCCGUGGAGGGGUCAUCGGUGUACAGGAUGGGCUCACGUACCCAUGGCGGGACCCUUCUACCUUCUGGUCGUCGACCAUCACUGAAAGACCUGACUGCCACCCUUCGGCGUGCAAAAUCCUUCACUACUUCGGACAAACCCACACCAGCUGUGAGGUGUUACUUGACAGGUGGCACUGCAAAGAGGAGCUCCUCUGAGCAGCAGCUUGACUUGGAUGGAGAGAGGGAUGGAGGGAGGGUGUCAGUGUCAGACAGGGAAGUAGAAAGUGAUGGGGGGGAUUUUAGGGUUGGGAGAGGGCAAAGAAUGAGAGAUUAUGGAUUUGAUGAUGAUGAGGAGGAAGUGAUGCCGACUCCAUUGCAGCAGAGGUAUGUGCAGGAAGCACGGCAGGUCAUUCGAGAUAUUUGCCAGAUGAACACUAGGGAAGAUGAUGAUAAUGAUGUAGAUGUAAGAAGAACUGAUGAUUACUUGGAGGAUAAAUGUUUCCCGGUCAAGAAACCAAUUGAGGCGAAGGAAAAAGCAGGAGUGAGUGUUAAGGAUGAGGCAAGGACAGAUCAAGAGGCUGAAUUUAAGAACACAAAAGACAGGGAUAAACAUGAGAGGGAGAGAGAGAACAGGGAGAGGGAGAGGAGUGAGAGGGAUGGACAAAGUAUGCAGUUGGAGAAGCUAAACAGCAGGGGCACAGAGUACGGGGAGAAGGCAAAGAGACAGAGUAGAGAGACGGAGAGAGCCUUACUGAAGGGAGACUCGGAGGAAAGCAUGUUCUACGACCGCUCUGUGGAUGAACUUUCAGGCCACGAGUCUAGUUUAACAGAUGAAGGGAUUGUGACAGAGCCAGAGACGGGCCCCACUGACCCUUCCGAGAGGUCAUUCCUGGGGUCAGCAGGGGUUAAUUUGGGAUCUCGAAUACCUAGGGAUGUGCUAGGACAGCCUGUCACCGUAUGGAAGCAGUCUGCUCUCCAUGAGGUGGAAGGGUUUAAGCAGGAGAGAGAAGAGAUGACAGAGAACAGCGUGAGUUGUACAAAUCAUCUGAAUGAAGUCAGUGUACCUCCCUCCUCGCUUCUUCCUACCCGUAUGGCUGAAAGUGACAGCAUUAUCAUGGACUUGAACAAUACUGCUGGUAUCAACAAUGUCAUCUCUACCAGUGAGGAGAUCAACACCAACAGCACAGUGUCGCAGGGGUCUGUGGCCACUGUAGGAGGAGGAGGACUUGAAGCCCCUGCGACUCCAAGUGCAAUUCGUCGACGGCGCAAGUUUUCCCCUUCUGGUAAUAACAACACAGGCUCUGAUUCCAGUAAUGGCAGUAAUACAGAGUCAACAAUAGCAGCUGCUGGAAAUGGGGAGUCCACAGUCUACCGCUCUCUCAGUGACCCCAUGCCUCAACGAUUCUGUUCUGUGGGAGAAGAAGGGAAUAACAAGUUUUCCUCUGUAGACAGCAACCUGUUAGGAUCACUAUCUGUCAAAGGAGGAGGAGCUGGGGCUCCAGAGGCCUCUCCUGUGGCCACCUUGUCAGAAUACAAAGGCAGUGUGGCCAGUGACUUGUCCGUUUACAGUGAUGGUGGGCUCCGGGAGGAUAGCGUCCGUGACUACAGUGGUGUGAUCAGGAGCAUUGUUGCUGAACCAGGUGCAAUGGACAGACUGAUGACAGAUGAGCACGGUAAUGGCAAAGCUCCCAAAAAGAAGUCAUUCAGUGACCCCAGUCGCCGUAGUGAUGCCCCUUUACUUUCUCAGAGUGAUCCUCAGUGUAAAGGUCAGUGUGGUAGCACUCAACCAAUCAGUGAGCUUGAUCAUCCUGGCCAGAUCCCACCUUCUAGCAGUGAGCCAAUCCUGAGCGAGCAAAGAGAGGAACUGUGGGAGCCAGAGGCUAACCCUAAGCACGCAUUGCCAACAGAGCCGCAUCACCAUGCAAACAGCAGUAAUAAAGUCAAGAAACCUCGAUCCCAGUCAGAGUGUGCCCCCCUCUCUGAUAACCAUGAAGAUGAAGAUAACGAUGUCAUAGAUGAAGGUGGAGAGGAGAAAGAAGAAGAUGUGAGGAAGUUUAACUUUGACCUCAAGCUCGCUGAGGUCCUGUCUCCUAGAAUGAUUCGUCGCCCCCCCAGAAAGCGUCCAAACAGGCUGGCUCUCUUUUUCCCUCAUGAGGACCCAUUUGAACCUCCAGAACGGGGUUUGGAGGGACAAGAGGAUCAGAGUGACCAAACCGACCUCACCCGUCCUCUUCCCCCUCCCCCGGUGCAAUCCAAACCCAAAACCAGAUCCAAGCAUGUCCGCCAUGCCAGUGAACCCGCCACCUUUAUCCCUAUCUCCCCACCCCCACAACUCCAGCCGCUGAAGGAAGUGGACUGCCUUGCUGUUCGGCGGGCUGCAGAGGCUCCAACCUUAAGUAAACUUCCAGGAGAUGAAGCUCCGUCUCUCGAAGAUGUGACCCAGAAGUAUAUUCUUGAAUUAAACACUGCUGAGAAAGACACUGAGGGCCCAGGGCCUCUUCUAGUGCCCAGGGAUGGUGUUGAAGGUUCGGUAUCAGCUUCAGAGGGGCCCUGCGAGAGCAGCACCAGUGGAAUUACAGAAGCUGGACCACAGAAGAAGGGCUCAGAGGACACUGUAUCCACGCCUACCCUGCAGAGGACCAAGCCCAGGGUGGACAUGAGGAAACAUGUGAUGAUGACCCUCUUGGACACAGAGCAGUCAUAUGUGGAGUCGCUGCGCACUCUCAUUCAGGGCUACAUGCGUCCUCUCAAACAACCAGACAGCGGCUCUAUAGUGGACCCUCUGCUGGUGGACGAGAUGUUUUACCAGAUCCCAGAGAUCCUGGAGCACCACGAGCACUUCCUGGAGCAGGUCUCCGGCUGCGUCAGCCAAUGGCAUGACAGACAGACUGUGGGACACCUCCUCAUCCAAUCAUUUUCCAAAGACACUCUAGCUAAUAUGUAUUCAGCGUACAUAGACAACUUUCUCAGCGCCAAAGAUGCUGUGAGGAUUGCCAAGGAGGCCAAGCCAGCGUUUCACAAGUUUCUGGAGCAAAACAUGCGUGAGAACAAAGAGAAACAGGCUCUGGGUGAUCUGAUGAUUAAGCCGGUGCAGAGGAUUCCUCGAUAUGAGCUGCUGGUUAAGGACUUGCUCAAGCACACCCCAGAGGAUCACCCAGACCACCCAUUCCUACUGGAUGCCCAGAGGGACAUCAAGCGCUUGGCUGAGAAGAUCAAUAAGGGACGUCGCUCUGCUGAGGAGGCAGAGAGGGAGGCCAGGGUCAUUCAGGAGAUUGAGGCACACAUAGAAGGAGUUGAACAUAUUCUGAACCCCCAGAGGAAGUUCUUGAGACAAGAAAUGGUCAUGGAGGCUAAGACAGUGGGUGGGAAGAAGGACCGGUCUCUCUUCCUCUUCAGUGAUCUGAUCAUCUGCACCACUCUCAAGAGGAAGUCUGGCUCGUUAAGACGCAGCUCCAUGAGCCUAUACUCUGCUGCGAGUGUGAUUGAUACUUCCAGUAAAUACAAGUUCCUGUGGAAACUUCCCCUAGAGGAAGUGGAGGUGGUGAAAAGUCCCAGUCAGGCAACAAACAAGGAGAGCAUCCAGAAGAUGAUUAGUCGAUUAGAUGAGGAUCUCAGCACGCUGGGUCAGAUUAGCAAACUGUCUGAGACGCUCAGCUUCCCACACCAGUCCCUUGACGAGGUUAUAAAGGAUCUGAUGGCAUCAGUGCACAGGGAGUUGUCAGAGAAACAGUCGUUGGCCUUUAGUAUGACCUUCCUUCCCACAAAGCUGGAGUUUACUACAGCCUCUGCUGAGAGCAGCUUUGUGUUUGAGUUUACCUCCCCUGAUGCUCGCUCCAACUUUGAACAAGCUUUUGAGGAAGCCAAGAAGAAACUAGCUAUGAAUAAGGACCAGUGGGACCCAGAGUUUCUGAAGGCAAUUCCUAUAAUGAAAACACGUAGUGGGAUGCAGUUUUCAUGUGCCUCUCCCAGCCACAGCUGUCCCGACAGUGGCUGUGAAGUGUGGGUGUGUAACAGUGAUGGAUACGUGGGACAGGUGUGUCUGCUGAACAUCAAAGAUGAGCCCACAGUGGAGGCCUGUAUCGCUGUCUGCUCAGCGAGGAUCAUCUGCAUUGCUGCUGUACCAGGACUCAAGGGAAGGGAGCGUGGAUCAGAGCCCGCCCUGGCCCCCACCUCUAGAGCACCCGGUCAGCAGCUCCAUAUAUCUAUCUCUCAUUCAUCUCUGGAGCUGACAGAGCAACCUACAGGACCAGGGGCCGAGCUUGUUCCGUUUGACAGCGAUGACACAGAUGAUGAGGAUUCACCCAGUCCUUCUUCCACUCUGCAGAGUCAGGCUAGUCACUCCACCAUCUCAUCCAGCUAUGGCAAUGAUGAGGGUCCAGGCUCCAAGGAUAUGGCUACAGAGACCACCAGCAGUGAGGAGGAGCAGGAGUUCCCAGUGGCAAGCUCUUAUGGUGCUCCAGGGAUGUUAGGGGUUGGCGGUGGAAGUCGAGCCCAGACAGAGAGCCCUAUGGACGGCCGUGCCAUGCGCCGAUCCUCCCGGGGCUCUUUCACCCGGGCGAGUCUGGAGGACCUGCUCAGCAUCGACCCUGAAGCCUACCAGAGCUCAGUGUGGCUGGGCACAGAGGAUGGCUGCAUCCACGUCUACCAGUCCUCGGACAACAUUCGCAACCGUAAAAAUAGCAUGAAGAUGCAACACUCUGCUUCCAUCCUCUGUAUACUGUAUUUGGACAACAAAGUGUUUGUGUCCUUGGCCAAUGGAGAGGUGAUCGUCUAUCAGAGAGAAGCAGGUAGUUUCUGGGAUCCUCAGUCUUCUCAGACAUUAGUUUUGGGCACGCAUGGUAGUCCUGUCACCAAAAUGGUUCCUGUGGGAGGGAAGCUUUGGUGUGGCUCACAGAACAGAGUCCUCAUUAUCAACACAGCUACACUGGUGCAAGAGCACUGGUUCCAGGUAGGCACUGACAGCAGCCGGUGUGUGACGUGCAUGGUGGCGUACGGUCAGGGUGUGUGGCUGGCGUUGCAGGGCAGUGCACAGGUCAAACUGUACCACGCUCAGACCUGGGAGAGCCUGACAGAGGUAGACGUGGCGCCUGCUGUGCACAAGAUGCUCGCAGGUGCAGAUGCGAUCAUUCGGCAGCACAAAGCCGCCUGUUUGAGAAUCACAGCACUGCUGGCCUGUAAGGAUCUGCUGUGGAUUGGCACCAGUGCAGGGGUGGUCCUUACAUUGGCGAUCCCAGCAGUGAGCUCAGGGACUGGGGCUGGGACACUGAAAUCUCCCUUGGUGCCGAUGGGCUCGGCUCAUGGACACACUGGCCAUGUUCGGUUCCUGACGUCAAUCGAACUGCCAGAAGGGUUUGACAUGAACUUCCCUCCUCCGACAACUGACUCCACAGGAAACCAGACCAGCAGCACAGUUGAUGGGAAUCUCCAAAGGCGUGACUCCACACGUCGCAGGGCCUCUGCCCACAUCGCUCCAAAAACCAACCACCUAGUCAUUUCUGGCGGUGAUGGCUAUGAGGAUUUCAGACUGACCAAUAGCAGUGAAACAGUUGGACGGGACGACAGUACCAACCAUCUUUUGCUUUGGAGGGUCUGAGACAAUUAACCCCUGUUUGAACAACCCGCCCCAAACCUCCCUCUAGCUGAGAAUGGCGCACAAGCUCCUGUCCUUUUCCCCCAUGGGACUCCUCACUUUUUGGUGUUGUUGUUUUGGUCUUCUGCUCGGUCCACCAGUCUCUAUGUGCAUAAUAUGGCUGUCAGCUCCUUCCUGAACUUACAAAUGAAUAUGAUCACUUCAAACCCAGUUUUCUUGUGUUAAUGUUUUCUGAUGGUGUGCGUUGUUCCUCACUGAGUGGUGUCUGUGCGUGUUUAUUUUGGGGUUUUUUUGGCGUCUGCGAGUAUCGUCUAGAAACGUGUCCUUACACUCAAGUCUUUACUGACAGAGACAGAAGAAGUUAGAGAAGAGAGAAAAUCAAAUAACGACCUCUUCAAACUUUCACAGAUGCUCGCAGGUUCAGACUGAGAACGAAUGAAGGAAAGGAAGGGAGACAACGACAUGGACUCUUCAGAAUGUCAUUGCACAGGAGGAUGUUUAAAUGAACUUGGACAUGAGUGAAGAGAUGGAAUCUGAUCUGCUGUGGCGACUCCUGACGGGAGCAUCUGUAAGACAAAAAAGAGACAUUAGUGAAGCAUGCAAUUUUCCUUUGACAUUUUCUUUGGGUUUUUUUUUGGACCUGGACAUCAGCCCUUUAAUCCAUCAUCACUUCAUCUUGACCCGAACUUCAGACAAAAAGCCUCCUGAUGAUCAGAGGAAAAUGCCGUGACAAAAUAUAUGACUAUCAAUGAAUGAAACAUACCAACACAGACUGUAAUUUGAUGGAUAUUCUGAGUUUGUGUUCAUUUUUGCAGCUUAACGGAGAGUUUCACUUGACAUCCGUGAGCUUCUAAAGGAGUAAAGGACGACAUAUAUCACUCCUUAAAUCCUAUUGGCCAGGUCUGAACAACAGCCCCUAACGGUAGAUCUGAGAUCAGAUCUUUCUGAUCUUAGCAGGGAUGUAAUAAUAUCUACUCCAUGAUCAUUGCUUAUAGAGAUGAGACUGCCUAAAUCAUCUUCUCUCCUGUAGAGGGAGCGUGAACAAGAUCAUCAUUUAAGUGCAAUAUAUGGCAAGGGUAUCUAAUAAGACUAUAAUCACAUGCAUACAGUCACAUACAUUAUUGCACAGCCUUCACUCGCUGAAUCAGAAGACAUAUCUGUUUUGUUUUUUUUUUUAUUUAAUUUUUGCUACCAGUUAAAGAUAUCAUGAACAUAGGGGAAGCAGUGUCCCACUAUUGGUAGAAAAAAAAGUGCAUUGGAGACAUUCCUCCUUAACAUGACUAUGUGAAGCCUUGUAUGUGUUAAAGUUUUGACAUUAAGGGAUCAGAAAAGGUUUCUUUUGCCAUGAAAUUUCAAUUUAUUGAGUGUUCUGUCAGGAGGGAAAUCGGGACUGGUAUUGCUGAUUUCUAUAGCAGACUCUUUAAAGAUGACGCAAGGCUGUGGUAGCAGAUAAAGAUAGUUAUGUACAGUAUUUAUGGUUUUGAUUUUAGCGCCGUCUUAAACAGCACUUAAUUUAUAGAAGAUGUAGCUUUCACUUUUUCUUUUUGAGUUGAAGAACAAGGAUGCCCUGGCUUGAUUACCAGAACAGACAAACCAGCAUAGUUUGGCUCGGGGAGGCAAGCGUGCACACUAGUGGUGUAACAAUACUAUAGUCCACUCAUGGUUCGGUACGAUACACAACAACAGGGUUCUUAUUUUGGAGUUACAUGACUCCAUAAAUGUAGAGAGACAGGACCAUAAAGGAAAGGAUCUGGAGGAAAUAUUUUUGUCACCUACAAAACAUACCAAGCUGUCAAAUCAAUUCCAAAAUUAAUUUCAAGUUUGAAAUAGUAUCUGAAUGCAGCAGUAGAACUGAUAGAGAACGCAGCCACUGUUUAGGUGCCAAAUUCUAAGAUUACUUUAAAAUUUCUGUUGUUUUACAUCUCCAAGGUGGUGUUUUUGUUAAGUGAAACUUAGCACUAAGAAGUAGACAAACACAGAUCAGUGUUCAGUGUUGAUUGUUGGAAAACAAGAUGCACGUGGUGUGUUGAGACAACAGAGUGCAUGUGAAAUAGAGUAGGUCAGAAGGACAAACACUGAGCACCUGCACGUGCCUUCAGAAGGCUAAAAGUUAAGCCAUUUUACACACAAACACAAACGCUGAGUGAAAAGUCGUCUCUCUGAAGGACGACUCUGACUUGUCCUUGCACCCCCCCCCCCCACACACACACACGUACACACACAUACGAUAGCCUUAGGCUUUGGGGUUAAGCGGUGAUUGUCUUUGAUCCCUCCAAGCCUAGAAAACCUCAUUGCACCUUAACCAGCCAUCUGGGCAUUUCAGCUCAGCUUUUCCACGUCCAAACACAUCCACAUUAGGUUAACUCUCCAGCCGUGAGCGGGGCUGACUGUAAAGAGGAUUAGCUGGCUGUUGUGAUAGCUGCUAACUAGCCAGUGAUCUCCUGGUCUCUGUGUGUGUAAAAGUGUAACCGGCUGUGUCCGUGUAUGCUCAACAAGUGUUAUUCAGCUGAAAAGUAUAAAAAUUAGCUUGUCAUUUUUCUGCCCACAAUUGAGGCAAAAUUUGCUUGUGGUAGCCUGUGAAGAAGGCAGCAGAGGAAAGUUUGAGAAUUUUGAGUUUGGGAAAUACGCAUGUUUGGUUUCUUGUUGAGAAUUAGGUGAGAAGAUGAUGCCACUCUCGAGUCUGUUGGAUAAAUGUUAAGCUACAGCCGGGACAUGGUUAGCUUAGCUCUUAAUGCUAAGCUAAGCUAAGAGCCUCUUGGUUAGCUUUUUAUUUACCUUUCAGAUGUGAAAGCAGCACCUUAUCUAACUUUCUGCAAAAAAGCGAAUAAGAUUACGACCUAAAAUAUCAAAAUUAUGUCCUGUAAUGUUAAGGUAGCAGAUGCAAGUGUUUUUAAUGUUCUGUAUGAUUCACAGCAAAGUUCAUGUUUGUGUUCUCAGUGCCAACAGCUGCAAAGUUACCCAUGAAAAUGCUGUAUAUCUAUGCUGGCUGUAGAGCGAUGGAGAGUUCUCUGCAGAAUGGAGUUUGUUUAUUUUCUGUGAACAGUGAAAAACUGGGAGUGUUUGGAGGAACAUCCGUGUGCUAUUUCUGCUGGUACAAGCGCUUUUGCAGCAGCAUUUCUAAGAAACUGAGAUGAUCAGCAAAAAAAGCUCAUAGGUCCUUGAUGAUGAGUCCUGGACCUGGGCUGGAAACAGAUUUGUUUGACGGCUCCAUUCAUGAUUUUCUGAAAGUGCUGCCAUAGAUGGAGUCAAUAAAUUUCAAGUCAGCUGAUUCAGAAAAUGUAACUUUCUUUAAAAUCUGCCUUAAGAAUAUACUUUUACAUUUUCUCAGUAGUCACAUAAAUAUAAAUGACUGAAUAAUCAUAUUUUCAGUGGUUGCAUUGUAGGUUUUGACCCCAGUUUAUCAACUUACACUCUCUUCAUACAAGCAUGCACACGCACGCACACACACACACACACACUGCAUCUUAGAUAUGAAGAAAAACUUAAUGCUAAUUUGACCAGGAUUGAGAGAAUGGAGCAUGUUGAGUGCCAAGAAACAGUAGAUUCACACUUUAUUUUCACCAUCACAUCAAACUCACUGAUUAACUCCCAGCAACUUGUAAGUAACCUCCUCAUGUCCCUAUGUGAACAAAGUCUUUAUUGUUGUAAAUAUUGGUAUAUAUUGCCUUUUUUCUGUAAAUAGUGCACCCACGGUCCUCAAUUGUUGAUAUGAAUCUAAUGGCAUAUUUUUAUAUAUUUGUGUAAGGUUUGUUUUUGUUUGUACCCCCCCCCCCCCUCCCUCUGGCAUGUGCUGUCGGUCACGUUUAAAUUAUAACUGUCAUAGAUCUUUCUAGAAGAAGACAAAAUCGCCUCUGUUGUGACCAGGGUGACUGAAAGAUGGAAAGCGGUGAUGUUGACGUUUGCCUUGUUACAGACGUCUGCACGAAGAAAAACACCUGGUCAUAUCUGUUUAUCUCUGGCUCUGGUUGACAUCUUGCAGUCGUCAUGGUUACAGUCUAUCAGAGUUUCUUCCUGUACGUAGGUGUUCUUGUCACUGUGGGUUCCUCUUUGUAAUUAAAUCAGUUCACUGG